AGUCAAUUGAAAUAAAUUAACUAUAUUAGAUUCACAGGGUCCUUCAUUGAUAGAGUAGAGGUCAAAUAGUAAACAUGUUUUUGAUACUUCUGGUGGCCAUAAUAGGCCUCAUAUUAUUUUUAGUGCGCCGACAUUAUAGCUACUGGAAAAGAUUGGGGGUUCCUGGACCUGAACCCGUUCCAAUAUUGGGAAAUUUAGGAAAAAUCCUGACUGGAAAAGUCUCACAGGGAGAUAUUUACGAAGAAAUUUACAGAAACUAUGAAGGACAUUCAUUCGUAGGGUUGUACAGAUUCACAACCCCCUGUCUCCUGGUGAGAGAUCCGGAUUUCAUCAAAAAUAUAUUUUUGAGAGACUUCAAAUAUUUUCAAAAUAAUGACCUUGAAGUUGACAAGGAAAUUGAUCCUAUUUUUGGAAGAAAUCCUUUUGUGCUGAAAGGAGCAGAAUGGAAAACCACUCGUCAACAGCUGACACCAUGUUUCACUUCUGGAAAGAUGAAAGGAAUGUUUCCAUUAUUGGAAAAAUCUGCCAUUAGGAUGAUGAAAUAUGUAGAGGAUGAAACGAAAAAUUGUACAUGUCUCGAAGCAAGAGAACUAUGCGUAAGAUUCACAUUGGAAAACGUUGCCUACUGCGCAUUUGGCAUCGAAGGAAAAUGUUUCGAUGAGCAGUGUUCAAAAUUCAAACAGUUAGCUGAUGAAUUUUUCGAUUCACAAAGUCUAUGGCAGAAAAUUAAAUUCACACUGCUCUCGGUAGCACCUUCGUUAUUCUUUUUUAUCAAAGUUAGGCUCAUCUCCCGAGAGGUGCACGAUAAAUUGAUUACGUUAGUGACGUCUACCAUGGAAUAUCGCAAAAAACACAAUAUAGUAAGGAACGAUUUCUUGGACUCGAUAAUACAACUGUCAAAAACCACAGAAUUCUUCACAGAAGUUGACAUUGCAGCCCAUGCAGCUAGUUUCUUUGGAGAUGGAUUCGAAACCAGUUCCAGGGUUAUGAGUUUCCUGAUUUUUGAAAUAGCAAUGAACCCUGAAGUGCAGCAGAAAUUGAGAGAAGAAAUAAACGAAUGUCUCAAGAAAACUGAUGGAGAAUUGACAUACGAGUGCAUACAGGAUAUGGUGUAUUUGGAUAUGUGUUUACGAGAAAGCCUACGCAAGUAUCCAGUCAUCAGUCAAUUAGGCAAGAAGUGUACUGAGAGGUACACUUAUACGCCAACAGAUCCACAGUACAAAAAUAUAUCCGUUACUGUGGAACCAGGGACUUCGAUCAUUUUGCCAGUCGGUGCAUUACAAAAUGACCCCAAAUAUUUCAAAGAUCCGGAGAAAUUUAUUCCGGAGAGAUUUUCUUCUAAAGAAAACUAUAACAGGUAUACGUAUUUUCCAUUUGGUGAAGGACAAAGGGAAUGCUUAGGUAAACGUUUUGGAACCACACAAAUAAAAAUUGGAGUUGCACAUCUGGUUAAGAAUUUCCAACUGACCGUCGACCGGAAAACACAACUUCCUUUGAAGUUUGAUCCACUUUACUUCCUCAUCUCUGCUGUUGGAGGUCUUUGGAUCAAUGUGCGAAAAAUUGAAUAGAUAUUAGUUUAAGAAUAUAUUCGAUAUUGUGGUGAUUAUUACGCUUUGUUUCGAUUAACGUUGAUAUUUUCAGUAAUUCAAACAUGAACAUGUAUUAGAAAUAUAGAUUAGUUUCUAAUCUGGCUGAAGGAACUGAAAUUUUACGUUUUGCAGAUGGACUCUAAAAUGAUAUUAGAAGAAAGCAAGUCUCCUAGAUAUAAAUUUUACUUGUAUGGUGUAAAUGCCAAUUAUAAUGCGCAUGAAAUGCUUAUGGUGAAGAA